AUGCCGAUCAUCACUCGCCGGAACUUCACCAAAACCUUCCACCACGAUACGUACUCGGCCCUGCAGUCGAAAAUAGGCGGCAUUUCCCUCUCCAGCAAAUCAGCCUUCAUCACAGGCUCUGGAAGCGGGAUCGGGCGCGCAACAGCUAUCGCUUUUGCCAAGGCAGGCGCUAGGGCAGUCUUCCUCUCCGGAAGAACAGCAUCUACGCUGGCGGAGACGAAGGAAAUGAUCAAACGUGUGAAUCCGGACACGGCGGUGCAGGAAUUCGUCUUCGACAUAUCCAGCAAGCUGGGAGAAGUCGACGUGGUUUUCGAAGAGGCGACGAAGCUCAACGGUGGAACGCCGAUAGAUAUAUUUGUGAAUAGGUACGCUCGUGCAUUGCCUGAACUACACGCUGCUGACGUUCUCGAUAAUGCGGCAGAUUUGGCUUCCAUUCCAACUGUCGCGGAGCCAAACGUCGACCUGGAGAGCAGCACGGCCAAUUUCGAGCGAUAUUGGCGCCACUUCGAGGUUAACGUCAGAGGAUCAUUGGCGUUGGCAACGGCCUUCCUCCGACAUGCGUCGCCGACUGGCGGCACGAUACUGAAUUUGACGUCCGGCGCAGCGGUCAUCGACUUCGUUCCCGGCCUGUCGGGGUAUGGCGCCUCCAAACUGGCCGCGUUGAAGAUGUUCACGUACCUCUGGCACGAACAUCGGGAGUCCGGUAGGGAUUUGAAGGUAUUCCACAUCCACCCUGGAGUUGUGGCAACGAGCAUGGCAAAGGAGGGGAAGAGCAGGACCGAAGACACGGCUGAAUUGGCCGCCGAUUUCUCCGUCUGGCUACUUGGCGGAGACGCCGAUUUUCUGCAGAAUCGGUUCCUAUAUAGAUUCACAACAAUCAUGCCUGCUCUUGCCCAUCGGUUACACCCUCAAUCGGACUUUUAUCUGUUACCUGGGGCUAACAUGUGUAGGGAUGUUGACGAGCUCGUGGAUAUGAAAGACAGGAUUGUGGAAGAGAACCUGUUGACCGUUGGUCUCCGCGGAUGGGACUCGACCGCGCUGAGUUUUUAA